AUGCUUUGGGAUUCAACAAUAAUUAAAGAAGAAUCAUCAAUGGUUCUUGAUAAUAUGAAUAAUACUGAACAAUUUCAAUCAACAACAACAGAAAAAUCAUUUAUUGAUCAAUAUCAAGCUGAUUUACAAUCAAUGGUAGAUUCAUUUGUUACAUCAGUUGAUAGUUUAUCAUCAAUACGUCCAUCAUCAAUUAAACCACAACGUAUUAUAUCACCAUUAAAAUAUCAACGUCCAAUAACAUCAAAUUCAUCAUUAAUCACGUUUGAUCGUGAUCCAGCCGCAACGGAAACAACUGAACAUUUAACAAAUGAACUUCGUUGGUUAUUAAUACAAUAUGGACCACAUCAACCACGUGAUGAUGAAGAUCAUUUUUUAGCAAGUGCUAAAUCAACAAAUAAUGGUAAAGGAAAUGUACGUUUUCGUUCAAAAUGGUUUGAUGAUCCACGUUUUUCUGAUUGGCUUGAAUAUUCAUUAUCAACAGGUCGUGCUUAUUGUUUUUAUUGUCGUUUAUUUGCUGAAUCAAAUCGUAAUCGAGCUUUUUCACGUGAUGGUAUUAAAAAUUGGCGUAAAUGUUUAGGAUCACGUGGCCAGAAAAAAAAACGUUCAACAGGAGGAUCAAUGAAAUCUGAUGAAGAUUUAAUUGUAUGUCAAAGACGUGGUUUAUUAGAAUCACAUGCUAUGUCUGAAGCUCAUAAACAAGCUUAUAAUAAAUAUCUUGCCUUUGUUGAUCAUAUGCAUUUCGAUUCAGAACCAAUUGAAAAUAACCAUGAAAGCAAACAAUCUAGUAAAUAUUGA